AUGGCUACCGUUAUACCACCACCAUCGAAAAAACAAAAGAGACAAGCUCAACAAGUACAAGAAGUGCCGUUGAUUCCUAAGGAUUUACCUAACAUCUUAAUAAAAUUCGAAGCAUCGGAUACUGGUGAAUCCGUUGGAGGUUCAAUCAGAGUUCCUGGUGCCAUAACUGAGAAACAAUUAGAAGAACUUUUGAAUCAAAUACAAGGAACUUCCGAUGACCCAACACCGUAUACAUUUGCUUUACUUAAUAAGAAUGACAAAGAUGAGUCUAAGACAGAGAUGAUUGAUAUUAAGGAUGAUCUUUAUACAUCAGUUUUGAAACCUCAAAUCAAGACUACAGAAGAUUUUAUGACUUUGGUUUAUACACCUAGAGCCAUUUUCAAAGUCAAACCUGUAACAAGGUCAAGUUCUGCCAUUGCAGGUCAUGGAUCCACCAUUUUAUGUUGUCAAUUUUCUCCUAAUAAUUCAAGUAGAAUGUGUUCUGGAGCUGGUGAUUCAACCGCAAGAAUUUGGGAUUGUAAUACCCACACACCGGUUGCUACAUUAUCAGGACAUACCAAUUGGGUAUUAUGUGUAUCAUAUUCACCAUGUGGAACGAUGAUCGCCACCGGAUCCAUGGAUAAUACUGUAAGAUUAUGGGAAGCUGAUACUGGAAAACCUCUUGGUAAAGCAUUAACUGGUCAUGGUAAAUGGAUUACAAGUUUAACCUGGGAACCUUUACAUUUAGUUAAAGUUGGAAGUUCACCUCGUUUAGCAAGUGCAUCUAAAGAUUCCACUAUCAAGGUUUGGGAUACUUCAAGUAGAGUUUGUGAAUUGACUAUGAGUGGUCAUACCAAUUCUGUUUCAUGUAUUAAAUGGUCAGGUUCAAAUAUCAUCUAUAGUGGAUCUCAUGAUAAAACAAUCAAAGCUUGGGAUAUUUCAGCUAGAGGUAAAUGUAUCCAAACUUUAAAAAGUCAUGGUCAUUGGAUUAAUCAUUUAGCUUUAUCAACUGAUUAUGUUAUAAGGAAAGGUGGAUUCGAUCAUACUAGUAAUAAAAGUUCCAUCAAAGAUUUAUCUCCAGAAGAAUUAAGAACCAGAGCCAUCAAAGAAUAUGAAAAAGUCGCCAAAUUAAGCGGAUCAAUUCAUGAAAGAGUAGUUACAGCAAGUGAUGAUUUUACUAUGUAUUUGUGGGAACCUUUGAAAUCAGGUAAACCAAUCUGUAGAAUGACAGGACAUCAAAAAUUAGUCAAUCAUGUUUCAUUCUCACCUGAUGGAAGAUUUAUCGUAUCUUCAUCAUUCGAUAAUUCGAUCAAAAUUUGGGAUGGUUUGAAAGGUAAUUUCAUCGGAACUUUAAGAGGUCACGUGGCACCAGUUUAUCAAACUGCUUGGUCAGCUGAUAAUAGAUUAUUAGUCAGUUCUUCCAAAGAUACCACAUUAAAAGUUUGGGAUAUUAGAACCAAGAAAUUAGUAGUUGAUUUACCAGGUCAUGCUGAUGAGGUUUUCGCUGUUGAUUGGAGUUUAGAUGGUAAGAAAGUUGCCAGUGGAGGGAAAGACAAAAUGAUCAGAAUUUGGUCUCAUUAA